GAUCUUGUCUGCUCCAAGCAAGGAGGGUACAUCUCUUGCCUGUAAAUGACCUUGGUCACUUAUAUUUAUAUUACACUCCCUUGAUGUUUUACAGGAUGUCUCUAUGGAUACAGGAAUAAACACAAGAUAAUAGCCCUACAGUCUUUAAAGCUGCAUUUCAUUCUACAGGGCCAGGCGGGGAGAGGAGGCGUCUAUAGCAGAACACAGGGAAUCAGGAGGAAUACCAUGGCUGAGAACGCUGACCUUGCUUCUUUAGAAGAAAGUUUCAAAAAGUUUGCCAUCUAUGGUGACACUAAGGCAACAGGCAAUGAAAUGACAGGCAAGAACUGGGCCAAGCUUUGUAAAGAAUGCAAAGUUAUUGAUGGGAAGACAGUGACUGGAACUGAUGUUGACAUUGUGUUCUCUAAAGUAAAAGCAAAGACAGCAAGAGUUAUCACCUAUGAAGAGUUUAAGAAGGCCCUAGAGGAACUAUCUGCAAAAAGGUUUAAAGGAAAGGGCAAAGACGAAGCAUAUGACUCCAUUUGCAAACUUGUGGCUGGAAAGGAACCUGUAAGCUCCGGGGUCACGAAAGCCGCAGCAGUCGGAGCAGUGGAACGCUUAACAGAUACAACCAAGUACACCGGCUCCCACAAGGAACGCUUUGAUGAAAGUGGGAAAGGAAAAGGCAAAGGUGGCCGAGAGAACCUCGUCGAAAACACUGGCUAUGUAGCCUCCUACAAAAAUGCAGGCACCUAUGACGCUAAAGUGAAGAAAUAGACCUUGGACGUAACUUCCAUCAGCUCCUGCAAAGACAUUAUUAACUUCUGUGUCCCCAUUGAAAUAAUGUAGUCCUUCUGCUAGUGAUGAAGAUAAUGUAAGAAGUGGAGGAUUAAAGCAAUAUAGUAUUGUUGUCAGUAAUACCUAUGACAGAAAACCAUUCUCAGCAACAUUUUGUUGGGUGUAAGGUAUAUACAGUACACUAUAUCAUCGGUAAAGCAUGUCUUGAUGGUGAUAACUGUGCAUGCAUCUUUUAAUCUCUCUUGUACACUUCUUAGCCUAUACACAGCAUUAUCUACUAUGAGAAGAAUCAAGUACACCACCAUACCCUCUGUAAUAACUUACCGUAGUUCUGGUUUACAGUGCCUGAAAAAUAAUGGAUGAAUUAAAUGUUAGGAAACACUUGACCUCAGAUGAGAUACAUGGGAAGGUUAAUCUUUACAGUCCUAGUGUUAUUGGCCUGGAAUAUAAGAUUGUGAAUGGUGUAUAUGGUAUUAAAGGAGUACUCUGGUGGAAAACAUUUUUUUUUUUUUUUUAUAAAUUGGUGCCAGAAAGUUAAACAGAUUUGUAAAUUACUUCUAUUAAAAAAAAUCAUUACCCUUCCAGUAGUACUUUUUUAGCACUUUUUUGUGUUGUCCACAGUGCUCUCUGCUGACACCUCUGUCUGUGUCAGGAACUGUCCAAAGAGGCAUAGGUUUGCAAUGGGGAUUUUCUCCUGCUCUGGACAGUUCCUGAUAUGAGCAGCAGGUGUCAGCAGAGAGCACUGUGGACAAGACAAAAAAAGAAAUUCAAAAAGUAUAGAAUUUCCUCUGUAGCAUACAGCUGCUAAAAAGUACUGGAAGGGUAAAUAUUUUUUUAAUAGAAGUAGUUUACAAAUCUAUUUAACUUUCUGGCACCAGUUGAUUUAAAAAAAAUAAAAAGUUUUCCACCCCAUUAAUGCUGGUUACCAUGUGGGAGCACCUUCUUACUGCUUUGACAAAAACAAAAAAAAGGCUAAAGUAGUAGUGGCAAUAUUGACAAAACUGCUGUUCCAAAUUGGCCCAACAGAGGUGGUAGUUGCUAGCCAAUGUGGACACAAAAACAGAGAUGUAACUUAAAGGGUACUCCGCCCCUAGACAUCUGAUCAAGGGCGUCACUCUGCUGGGGACCCCCGCGAUCUCUGUGCAGCACCCAGCGAUUAGAACGCUGGGUGCGGGGGGCAGGGUCGUGACAUCAUGGCCACGCUCCCUAGUGAUGUCACGCCACACCCCCUCAACGCAAGUCUAUGGGAGGGGGCAUGGCGUCCGCCAUGCCCCCUCCCAUAGACUUGCAUUGAGGGGGUGGGAUGUGACGUCACGAGGGGCGUGGUCCUGUUGUCACGACCCUCGCCGCUUGCUCCAAGCGUUCGGAACAAAAUGUUCCAAGCAGUGGGGCAGUGGAGUAACCCUUUAAAGCUCCUGGGCCCCAGUAAAAAAAAAAUUUCAGGGCCCCUACCUGUCAUAUGUCAUUUAUAAGUCAAUGUUUUUUAUGUAGAAAAGAGGUCUUUGAGGCCCCUCAGGCAUCCAGGUCCAGGUGCGAAUGCUACCCCUGCACAAAACAAUGUUAUGUAUUGUACAAUGUUAACUGUACAAUGGUAAACGCAGACUAAACGGAACGUACAUAGAUCCAGUAGGAUGUGAGGUCAGCGCCUAUAAGGAUAUCUGUGGCAUAUAAUGUCAGUAUCUUUUUUAGUGGCAGCAGUUAAUGCUUUUGUACCAAGACCCAGGAGCUUUAAUUUACACCUCUAGAUGACAUGUUUUACCAUGUAAAUAAUUUACUCCAAAAGCAGCGGGAACAGUAGGAUAUUUUUGUAACAGGAAAUGGUAUAAGGUAUAAUUACCAAAGGAGCAAUAAAUAAGUAAUGGCCAUAUAUUGAAUGGAUGAAGUAUAUAUUUUCAGGGAUUUUUCAUUAGUAUUGCAUACUGUUACAUUGUUGUUGUGUAUCAUGAAAUCAGCCUUCCCAACCUCCUGCACAAAUUCAAGAAUUGAUCCAACUAAGCAAAAACAUUUUAAAAAAAUUGGAACGAUUUAAAACUUGCUGGAAGUCUUAAAUACAGUUUUUCUGAGGUUUUCUUUUAUUAUUACCCUAAAAGCAGAACGCCCCUUUAAAUUCUUGUUUACCAUAUACGUUCCUGAUACAUUAUACCAACAUUACACAAGUAUUAUGAAGGGACAGUCUAAAGAUAAAAUGUGCUUUGAGUAAGAAAUUGCCGUUCGAUGACACCACUUCUGCAAAAAGUCCAUAUGAGAUCAUCUUCCUGUCCCUCAACUGCAGAUUUUUUUUAUGGCUAUAUAAAUAUUGCCCAAAUAUGUAAAACAAUUGAGCCAUUACACAGCUGUUAAAUCAUUUUUGGCACUAAAAGGAGAUUAUCAUGCCAUCACCGAUGCGAGAGAGAGACAGAAACUGGUUCCAAACAUAGAGAACAACGAAAUACAUAAAAAAAAAAAAAAAAAACCAUGACCAAUUCAGCGUGUCCAUGGCUUUAUUCAGCCCAUAUAUCUUUAUAUUACCUUGCCCAGUAUAGAAAAUGCACUAAAUAGAAUGUAGGAGCAUGCUGUUUAUUAACACUUCAUGUAUAUUCUCUACCGUUUGCUGCCUUACAAUGCCUAGGAAUUUGCCUUACUAUAUAUGCGUUUCCCCAUGCAGUACCCAAUAUAAUGUUUAGUACAUGCAAUGACUUAGAAUACAGUAGGAUAUUUUCUAUCUCAAUGCCUACCCAAAUGCUAUUUAUACAACUUGCGCUAUCAUGUGUUAUAUGCAGCAUGUGUAUGUUGAAAUAAGCAGUAUAAUAUUACUUGUUAUAUUAUAAUGUGCUUAUCUGCUUUGGGCCAUGUAGGCAUCUAUGUGAUGGAUUCAUUUAUCCAGGAAUGUGUGAAACAAAUGAUUCCUGAUGUCUAAAUGUGUAUAGGGGGUCAGGUGUAUUUGAUAAUUGUAUCAUGUUAGACAUACCGUGCCACUUAGCAAUAGUCAGCCAUGGUCACCUGGAUUACAAUUUACUCAAUGUGCAGGCAGCAUGUUAUAGUCUUAUAGAGCAAAAGGAGCUGGAUAUAUAUAUAUAUAUAUAUAUAUAUAUAUAUAUAUAUAUAUAUAAUUCUGUGUAACCUGUAGUCAGUUAUUACAGAUAGUCAGUUACUUAUUAGGACUACCCACUGGAUUCCAAAACUCAGAGAAUCAAUAAAUGACAUUAUAUAUUGGAUCUUUUUACCAAAGAGAUAUAUAUUAAUUGGCUCAGCUCCUCUAUUGCUCUAUAACAUGCUGCUUGCAUAAUAGACUGCAUUUUUUAAUGUGACAGCUUCCCUUUUAUGUAGAUUUAAGUAUACAGCUAAGGAUUAAAAAGACACCCUUAGCCUGCUGACACAUAGCUGUUUUUGUUUUUCAUAUUUUUUUGUUGUUGUUGUUUUAUUGUUUUUUAAAACUCCACUGCAAUUUUUGAACCAAACCCAGAAGUGGAUCCAGCAGGAAUGAGAAGUACAAUUCUUUCCUUUAUGUUUCCCAUUCAUUUUCAAUCCACUUCUGACUGCACGGAAAGUUACAAAAAUAAAAAUAAAAACUGUGUUGUAUGACACCAGCCUAAGGGUAUAGGGUUUAAAUGCUGCAGAUUGUUGCGGAUUUCCCAAUUAUAGUUAACAGGGAAAUCACAAUCUGCAACAAACCUGCAGCAUUGCAGUCCUGUGUGAAUAGACCCUUAUACCGGAAGCUAACAUCCCAGUGGUCUGAAUGUAAACUGCUCUAGCUUUAGUCAAUACUCUAUUUACAGCUAUUUUGAACACCACAGAGGUCCAUAUUUAUGUACUCUCCAGGACUGGACUGGAACAUCAUUGACCUAUUAGAGGAAAAAUACAGGAGUUUAUCUCCUAAACUAGAUGUUCUGACACUGUGAUACAUGACAGCCUUGGUGGUCUUCACCUGCAAGCUACUAAUAUAGUGCAACGCUCUACUGACCGCAAUAUAAUGUUGAUCUACUUGUAUUUCAGCCAAAUAGUUAUUCAGUGGCUCAUGUGGAGUUGAUGGUGAUAUCAUCCAAUUCCACUGUGCCAACAUCAGGGUUACUGUGCGGGCAACAAAGAAGUUCUAAAAAGGGUUGACAGAGGAAAAAUCAAUGUUAUUUAAAUGUGAUGACUAAUAUACUGUAAAUUGUCGCAGUAUAGUCCUGUGAUACUGACCCUUGCCGACAUGGAAUAGAGCAUGAAAAACACUAAAGCAGACAUGAAUUAAUAACAUAUAUAUAUAUAUAUAUAUAUACAGAGCAAAGAAGCAGCACAACCAUAUAAAGUAAAAGAUGCUGGGUGCAGGCAGGAGCAGACUCUGGUCAAGGGUCUAUGAUGAUAUCCAAACAAAAGAAAUCCAGCAGCACACCAUGGACGGUGAAAAAUCAAUGUGGUUUAUUCCCCCAGCGUCUUGCAAUGUUUCGGUUGCCCGAUUGCCUUGCUUGAGAAAUGUUGCAACCGGGCAACCGAAAUGUCGCAAGACACUGGGUGAAUAAACCACCUUGAUUUUUCACCGUCUAUGGUGUGCUGCUGGAUUUCUUUUGUCUGUCUAUAUAUAUAUAUACCAUAAAAAACACUUAAGCUAAAGACACCACUCCUGAGGGCAUUGUGCACAAUAAGCGCAGUAAAAGAAAUGGUAGUAACUACCCAAUAUUAAUUUGUUAUUUAUUUCUAAGGCAAUGGUGAGUACAGUUGUUACAGGCAGCUCGUGUCAGACUUAACUUAUUUCACACCAGUUCAUACUAAUAAACUCUAAUCCUCUUUUCACACUGCAGAGAGCGCAAUAUUUGGUUGUAUAUUAUCACCCCAAUCUAAAGGUGAACAGUUAAUGUAUUAAAAUGUCUUUCUGUCUAUAUAAAUAUAUAUAUAUGUGUACGAAAAAAUCAUUUUCUUCAAUAAAUAUAUCUUUUUUGUA